CACAAAGUGGAGAUAAUGAUGUCUUUGUCCGCUGACCUUUUCUCGAAAGUGAUCGUUUUUCGCUCUUGUUUGUCCUCCGAAAUAUUGAUUCACUGUUCUUUGGUUCCAUUUUUCUUUAAUUUUUUGACAUUUGGAGUGCGUCACUUGGAAAGUUUUUGCAAUGAUCUAAGCUUGAAAAUUCCCCAUGGUUGAAACUUACCUUUCUAUUUCCAAGCAAUAAAAUGAUGUCAAGAGAUUUUCGUGGACCAAUGAUGAAUUCUUUUCAAGGAAUGACAGCAAAGUAUCGACCACCAUUUCAACCUGCACAAACUUCAAUGGGUCAGUGGGCUGCCUCAGCACCUGGUAUAAACCCAACCAUGCUUGGACUCACCCAACAGAGAUUUCUUACCCAUCGACCUUUUCUGCACACAGACAUGCAAAAUAUGCCUGCACCAAAAGCACCAGAUAAACCAUUGAUGCCUUAUAUGCGAUUCAGCAGAAAAGUUUGGGAGCAGGUGAAAAUUCAAAAUCCUGAUGGAAAAUUGUGGGAUAUUGGUAAAAUUAUUGGUCAGAUGUGGAGAGAUCUUCCAGAUGAAGAACGUCAGGUAUUUUUUGAUGAAUAUGAAAUGGAUAAGCUCCAAUACAAUGAAUCUAUGAAAGCCUAUCAUAAUUCUCAAGAAUAUCAAGCAUGGAUUGCUGCUAAAGGCCGAGCGCAACAAGCUUUACAGGAACAGCAGGCUCGCGCUAGAGGUGUUGAUCUUUCUUCGUUUGACAUGCAAGACGCUAGAUUUAGCUUGGAACCUCUCAUAGACGAUGAUGAGGAAGAUCCAUUCUCUGUGAAACAUGUGGCUGCCAGUCGAUUUCAUCGAAAUCAAAAGCUUAUGGCGGACAUAUUCAGCGACGUUGUUGUUCCUGAUUUAAGGACAGUUGUUACUACAUCACGCAUUCACAUGUUGAGGAAGCAAGUGAAAUCUCUUGGUGAACAUCAGAAAAAACUCGAGGUUGAACUUCAACAAAUCCAGGAAAAUUUUGAUGAAAAGAAGCGAAAGUUUGUCGAAAGCAGUGAGUCAUUUAAUCAAGCCCUGAAAAAGGUACCGAAACUAUCGAAAGUUAACGAGGUAUGACGUUUACACCAUUUAAAAGCGUUGUGAUAACAUUUGAUUGUUGAGUGUGUAUAGUGAUUUUUGGAAACGCGAUUUUCUACGUCAUGGUUACGGAAUUUGGAUAAAGUUCACAACUGUCAUAAUGUUGAUUGACUUUGAGUUUUCAAUUCAAAUUAAUAUAAUUUAAUUUGAAUUAAUGAACUAUAAUUUAAUUUGAUUUGUGUAAAUGGGGGGAAGGGGUAUUUUUUGUUUGUUGUUUUUUCUUGGCGUUCGGCUUUGUAUUCGUGAGAAAUGGGCAAGAGUCUUCGAAAGCUCACAGUAGGACCUCCCCGCUAGUAUAAAAAUUAUUUCGCAAAGUGUAAAACAAGCGUAAGAUACAAAAAGCCAUACAAUAAAUUCUGUUAAUCUUA